AGUCGUUAUCUUGUUCAAAAUUUUGAUAUAAAAAUAGAAGAAAAAUUACUCUUCGCCAAAGAGUAUUGAAUCUCGGUUCAAUCAUCGUUUGUUCCUUUUGCCAGAUUGCGUGACAAAUUGAAAGCCCUGUAGUCACGGGACCAGCACGCAGUUUCGCACAGUUCGAAGAACUUUUCAGUUUUAGUUACAGCCAUGUUUGUGUCAAAGUUUUGUGCGAUUUUUCUAGUAUUGGAGGCGACGUUUUUCACUUCAAACGUCUGCGCAUUAAGCGAAAGCGUCAAAUUGGCAAGUGCUUUUCGUUUUGCCAACAUAUAUGGCGACCACAUGGUUCUACAGAUGAAACCUUUCAGUCCAUUGGUAUGGGGAUUCGGUGAAAUAGGACAAACAGUCGAUGUCACGUUGGGAGAUGAAGUUCAAAAGACGGAAGUAGUGAAAGGUCCUGAAGGAUCAGGGGUAUGGAAGGUGACUUUAGAUUCUCAUGGUGCCGGUGGACCCUAUAACAUUACUGCUACUUCAAAAGUGGACAAUGUCAAAAAGACAAUAACUUUGCAGGAUGUUUUGUUUGGUGAUGUUUGGGUGUGUAGUGGACAGAGCAACAUGCAAUUUACAGUAUCUCAGGCAAUCAAUGCUUCAGAGGCAUUCAAAGAGGCAGACAAUUACCCAGAAGUCAGAUUAUUUACUGCAAGUCUUAUUCAAUCUACAACACCUUUGUAUGAGCUAAAAGAAGUUGAACAGACAUGGAGUGUUGCUUCUUCCAAAACUGUCAAUGGAGGUACAUGGAAAUAUUUCUCAGCUGUCUGUUGGUUUUAUGGCAAGAACCUUUAUGACCAGUUUAAAAGACCAUUAGGUCUAGUUGCCACAGACUGGGGAGGUACGCCAGUGGAAGCUUGGUCUUCACCAGAUGCCUUGCACAAAUGCAACAUAACUGGCAACAAAGUAGAGAAUGUAUACUUGUUCCAAGAAGAAAAGUCAUUCAAAGGGCCCCAAUCACACUCUGUGUUGUACAAUGCGAUGAUUCACCCAUUUCUUAAUAUGACCAUAUAUGGGGCAAUUUGGUAUCAAGGUGAAGCCAAUGCUGGAGCUCCAUAUAAUUACAACUGCACUUUCCCUGCAAUGAUUGACGACUGGCGGUCCAAAUGGUACUAUGGAACUGACAAACUCACAGAUCCUGAAUUUCCUUUUGGAUUUGUUCAAUUGUCAGCGAAUGGAAAUGACUCAACCAUUGCAGAUGGAUUUCCUGUCAUUCGAUGGGCUCAAACUGCCAAUUAUGGUUACGUUCCAAAUCUCAGGGAGACUAACGUAUUCAUGGCUGUGGCAAUGGAUUUGGGAAACGCCUCGUCACCAUAUGGCAGUAUCCACCCAAAUGAUAAGCAAGACGUUGGAUACCGCCUUGCACUUGCUGGACGAGCAGUUGCCUACGGAGAUCUGGAUGUGUACUAUUCUGGGCCAAUUGUAUCUGAUGUUAUAAUUACUGCAAAGUCUAACACAACAUGGAUUGCCACGGUAAAAUAUCAUCACGAAAGUGUGGGUUUAGGAGGAAUUGAAUUGCGAUCUGAUCACGGAUUCGAGUUCUACUGCACGUUGCAUGACCAUUCCCAAAUCACUCAGGCCAAGAUUGUCUCAAGUGACUUCAGUGCAGUGCACUUAGCUGGUGUCUGCCCCCUUGAGAUGUCCGCGAAAGGAAUACGAUACGCUUGGUACACAAAGCCUUGUAAUUUUAAAAAGUGUGCUGUCUAUAGCAAGGAAAAUGAUCUACCUGGACCUCCUUUCACGUGGAAUGCACCUGUUAAUUAAAGGAUCACUUUUCAAGAAAGUGCCCCCCCUCAUCAAGUAGAUAUAGUCGGCAUCGAAACCAGGAAAAUGCAGUUGACAUAUUUUAAUGCUGAUAGAAUUGAAACAAUUUCUUUGAUGUCAUGUUAAAGGCGUAACGUUUCAAUAAUCAGGAUAAUAAUAAUACAAGCUCAUUUUUGAUAUACGAAAUAUUAGCGUUCUACAUCGUCUGAAGUAAUGUAAUACAGUCACUGGUAAUUAGAACUUUUCAUGCUCAGUCUAAUUCAACUGUCCUUUAUUGAAUGAUCAAAGAAGUGUCUUCAUCAUACAACCUUUGAGGUUGCUUUUUUCUUACUUUCAUGCAAGAGCAAAACGAUUUAUCAAUAGGAUAUGUCCGUACACUAGUAAUGCUGUGCAACGCGAUAUACUACAUAUAUGUUCACUAUGGAAUGAAGGCAAUCGCUAUUUUCCAAUA